AGCUUGAAGNUGAAUUUUAAGAGUGGUCUAAGGAUAUGAAGUCUUGAGUUAACAGUUUUACGUUUAAGUUUUAUGUGUGGGCUCCAGGUUAAGCGUUUGUCGAGAGUUAGCCCAAGGUAUUUAACUUCGUUUGCCUUAGGAAUUGUUAUAUUGUUUAACGUAACAUGUGGAGAACCGAGAUUACGUAGUGAAAAAGUUACUUGAAAAGAUUUAGUUUCGUUUAUUUUGAUUUUCCAUCUGUUUGCCCACAAGCUGAUCAUACGAGGGUUGUCCCAAAAGUAAUGCACAAAGCGCUCUAGCUGUCUUGCAAUGAGAUAUUAUCAGCUGAUUUUAGUAUCAGUUUGUAGCUUGAAGUCUAACGAACACGUGCGUUUUCAGUUUUAUUUGUUUUACUAAAGUAUGAUGAUGUGUGAGAGCGAUAACGAAAGUGAGAACAAUUCGUCAGCUCACAUUUCUGUUUUUGAGCAACGCGCAUACAUUAAAAUCGAAACGAUUCGUGGUAAAACAGUGCCUGAAAUUCAUGCCGCGUUAAAUGAAGUGUGUGGAACGGAUACUGUGGAUCGUAGUACGGUGCAAAGAUGGCAUCAGCGAUUCCGUGAUGGUCGUAUAAGUAUUGAUAACAACCCUCGCUCUGGCCGACCCUCUACGGUUACUCAAGACAACACUAACGCGGCUAUUCUCGCAACUCUACUCAAUGGAGACCGACGAAUAACGGUGAUAGAGAUAGAGAAUGAAACAGGUAUUUCAAAAUCAAGUGUUCACCGCAUUUUAACGGAAAUUCUACAGAAACGAAAGAUUGCAACACGUUGGGUGCCUCAUUUUCUGUCACCGGAACAGAAGGAUACACGCAAAGACAUCUGCCGUGAACUCCUUUCUCGCUACGAAAAUGAAAAAGAAACGUUUCUUGAUCGUAUAAUUGCAAUAGAUGAGACUUGGAUCCGUGAUUUUGAGCCGGAAUUAAAAUCUCAAAGCAAUAUUUGGAAGGGAAUAACAUCACCAAGAGCAAAAAAAGUUCGUCGCCAGCAAACAAAGGUGAAACAAAUGAUGAUUUUUGCUUACGAUAAACUUGGGAUAAUUGUCACUGAUCGAGUUUCAAUUGGCAGUAGUGUAACCGGGGAUUACUACAAAACAUUCCUUGCCAAAAAAUUGCGACCAGAAAUCCGUAAAAAGCGACCAGGAAUGUUACAAAAUGGUGUGUCCAUAUUGCACGAUAAUGCGCGGCCGCAUAUCGGAGCACCAGUCGUCGCUCUUUUGGAGAAAUAUGGAUGGGAACGCCUCAAACACCCACCGUAUUCGCCGGAUUUAAGUCCCCCGGACUUUGAUUUAUUUCCAAAACUGCAGGAACCACUUAGAGGGAUCCGUUUUCCCAACUUAGAUAUACUAAAUGAAGAAGUGAGCCGAAGGAUCCGUAAACUCAACAAAGAUGGCGUCCUAUGCGGCAUUCAAGCGCUCCCGAAACGNGUAGUGAAAAAGUUACUUGAACAGAUUUAG